AUCCCUCACGGCAAACACACUCUCAGGUGAACUUGCGUUUGGACACAGCUCUCGCUUGAGCUCUCUUCUUUUUUUUAAUGUUGUUUUAAACAUUUAGAGAACAUUUCGCUGUGAAGCUGGACUGAAACAGAUUUUGGACUCUUUGAUGAUCAAGAAUGGUUACCGGCGUGUCAGAGAUAGCUGCUGUGUGCUUGGGGCUGAUCGGGCUCGUUGGAGUCGCAGCAACAACAGGUCUGCCUAUGUGGAAGGUGACAGCUUUCAUCGGAGAGAACAUCAUCGUGAUGGAGACACGCUGGGAGGGCUUAUGGAUGAACUGCUACAGACAGGCAAACAUCAGAUUGCAGUGUAAGGUGUACGACUCCCUGUUGUACCUCCCCCCUGAGCUGCAGGCUGCCAGAGGUCUGAUGUGCUGCUCCGUAGCCUUGUCGGGGGUGGGCAUCUUGGUGGCUCUGGCAGGGAUGAAGUGUGUUGCUUGUCUCCAGGAGAACAAACGGGCUAAAACCAUCAUCCUCGUGGUUGCAGGAGCUAUGCAGCUCCUGGCUUGCAUUUGUGUCUUAAUACCAGUGUCGUGGACAGGUCAUGUCAUCAUACAAGACUUUUACAACCCUUUGCUCAUCGAUGCCCAGAGGAGAGAGCUGGGAGAGGCCCUCUACAUCGGUUGGGUGACAGGCGGAUUACUUUUUGCCUCGGCUAUGUUGUUCCUCUGCCGACACAUUCCCUCAGACGAAGACUCAUUUGAUGUAUACCACCCUCACAAAUUACGUAAUUACUGCCCAGCAACUGCUGAUAGGCCGGCUCUGACAAGUUAUGAUCCAAUCUCUGGCGUUCCCAGCAGGCAGUCAAUGGUGCAUCAAAGUUCUCUUCAGAACAAUGGCUUUGGGGGGCAACAACUCACCAUGCCGCUGCUAAAUGUCCCUCAUGUGAUGACAAACCAUGGAGCCCCAAUCACCCCAUCUAUUAUCUACAACCCUGGCCCUCCUGAACAUGCAUCUUUGAUCUACCAAGGCAGCACUGGGCACUAUUCUUCUGUACGAAGCUCUAAUCACGCUGGAAGCGUUCAUGCUCCAGGGAACUCCAUGUACAUGACCCAAAACGUCAGUCCGUAUUCAACAACUCAUACUGGCGGCCCCACCAUGUCUUACCAGCCCAGCCUUCUUCCUGUCGCAGCAUCUCCUGCUUUCAUGAAGCACCAAGAAUCGAGAAUGCCUUCGGUGUCUUACAGCGAGAGCAGCAGAGCAGUAUACAUAUAAACACAACUUUAAGCUCCCUUUUCCACUCUUAGUUACGGAUUUACAUAAACUUUGUAAAUUAUUCUCCUUUAUAGUAGUAAUAAUUUUUGAGUAAGUUAUACUUAUUGUGGUAAAAUCAAACUUUUUGAUCUUUAUGACCAACUAAUAUAAAAAUCAAUUUAGCAAAUCUUAAAGUUUAUGUGAUUUGGUUAAUUAUAACUCCUGUUGUUAGUGUAAAUAAAAGGAAAGAAAACUUUUUUUCCACCAGCAUUUCUGAUGUGGAUUUGAUAAUCAAAAACAGAAAAUCCUCCAUAACAGAGCUUGUAUAUACCAUCUAAAUGUCUUCAUUGUCAGUUAGAUUAUGGUUGCAUUUGAUGCUAUUUCUGUACUAGUUUAGCAUUAUUUACCAGAUCACCGUUUAUCAUUAUAAUGUGUUUUUAUUUUUAAUUGUGUUUAUCUCUAAAGAUAUGUCUUGAGUUCGAAAUGCUUCAACAUUUUGCAAUAAAAGUUGUCAGCAUCGGUUAUAAAGUACAUUAAAACAAAGAAUAUUAGUGUUUUCUAAAAAUUUGUCAAUAUUUCUUUUUUGUAAUCUAAAAUUAAACUAUAACACACAAUAUGAUUAAAAAUUUGUUUAAUUAUUUAAAGAAUACAAGAACAAGCCUAAAAAAUGUUUGAUUAAAGUGAUAAUGUGUAGUUUGAACCAUUAUUCACUGGAAAUAUAUCAAGAAUUAAAUGAUGCCCAGUUGUUGAAAAAUAUUGGCGGCUUUAUAACAAUAAAAAUCAGGUCUAAAAUACAUGGGAGUGAGUCUAAAGCUCUGGGAGAUGCCAUAUUAGACGCCAUGUUUGCGUCUACAGGAGCUCGUGAGGAGAAAAUGCAUUUACUGAUGUCUAACAAGCGUUUACAAAACUUUCCCCUUUCGUAAACAUUGUUUCACGCAUUUACCUCUUCGCUCGUUGCCAGUGAUGAAAGGAAAUCUGAUGUGUUUGUCAUUUUGCUGGAGGUUGCGAUCCCAGGGCUUUUUGACCCUCAUGGCCCUGCGUUAGUAAGGUCUUACUCAAACACAAAAACGCUGCUUGCUUGCAACUUUUUAGAUAUGUACCGGCCCCCUAUCACCAGGGAAAAUACACAUCAUCACUUUAAGUAUAAUUUCAUUUUUUAAUCAUGUUAUUUGCUUUAUUGUGACAUCACUGGCAUCAUUCUAAGGCUGGCAAAUGUUGACACUCAUCAAACACCACUAGAGGGCGCAAGAGUUCAAAUUAAGAGUCUCUCCACUUUCUUCUGCAGGUGUC